AUGGAUUCACAGAGAGGCUCUCCUGGUGCGGGCAAGGGAACUCUUUGCAAGAGGCUUGCAAAAGAUUAUGGCUUCGUGCACCUUUCCAUCGGAGAUCUCCUCCGGCAAGUCGUCUCAUCAUCCAACGCAGAUAAGACUGUCAUCGAAUUCGUACAACGUGGAGAGCUCUUGACUAAGGAACUGCUGUUCCGAAUUCUAGAACCUCAUCUCGGGAUUUUGAAGAGAGGAUAUAAUAUUGUGCUAGACGGUUUCCCUCGAAGACUGGAUCAAGCAAAGGAAUUCGAGACAAUUUUCCAGCGCCCACUGCUGACUUUGUUCUUCAGCUGCCCUAAAGAGCUAGCUGAAGAACGAGUUAUCUGCAGGAGAGAAGGUCGAGACGGAGACAACCGGGAGACAUUCCGGGAGAGAUAUGCCGAAUUUUCAGUGCUGAACCCGCCCCUGCUUCAUUAUUAUAACGAAAGCAGGAGACUCAUUACGACUGAUACUAGUGGUGAUACUAAUACCUCUUAUAAGAAGCUGCUGGAUAUACUGCAGACUAGAGAUGAAUGGAGAACCGUCGUCGAGGCGUCAAAUUCCACCGUUACGCCGGGAUCAGGGGGUUUGCUUGGGCUAUUGCAGUAA